UAUUUGUUUCUUCCAAAUGACAUGGUCAGUGGGAGUUGCAUUUUCAAAAUUUUCAGUCACAGUGUAAUAAUUUGGUACAUCUGCAAACGAUUCCAUCGUGUUUUCAAGUGAUGGAAUUAAAUUCAGCCACAUCUCAAGAUAUUCUAGAGAGAAGCUCUGAUAUGGCGGCUACUGUAACUGCAUCUUCUACUGGUGUACGUUAUGCACCAGAUGACCCCAGCCUCCCAAAACCUUGGAGAGGCCUGGUUGAUGGAAAGACUGGAUAUCUAUAUUUCUGGAAUCCAGAGACCAAUGUUACCCAAUAUGAAAAGCCCGCUGCCUUGUUGCAAGCAAGCCCUGGUUCACCUUACAAAUCUUUGACUUCAUCGGUUCAAAAGUCCUCUCCCGAACGUUGCAGCGACAAUGAUGGUGAUGAUUAUAGCGGUGGUAACAAUGGUGUAUCAAUGAAGGUUACUUUUGGAGCAGGAAGUUAUCAGACUACAAGUAGUAGAUUGGAUGGUUCACGUGAUGAUCUGAAUGUGAAAAUGGGUACUGGACAUGGAUCAUCUGCUUCCAAAGGUGCACCAAGUGUGUUGUCUCCUGAUGCGUAUUGUAGUCAGCAUGAAAUAUCCGUAAUAGGAGAUAAUGUGCCCCAACCCUUCGUCUCAUUUGAAGCCACUGGUUUUCCCUCGGAGAUUCUAAAGGAGGUAUACCAAGCUGGAUUUUCUGCUCCUACUCCAAUACAGGCACAAUCUUGGCCAAUUGCUCUACAAGGUCGCGAUAUAGUAGCCAUAGCCAAGACGGGCUCUGGGAAAACACUGGGUUACUUGAUUCCUGGAUUUAUUCAUCUAAAGCAACGACGAAAUAAUCCUAAAUUAGGUCCAACAGUUCUGGUAUUGUCACCAACGAGGGAGUUGGCAACUCAGAUACAAGAUGAAGCCGUGAAGUUCGGAAAAUCGUCAAAGAUAUCUUGCACGGUAUGGAUUUGAUGAUUGCUUGAAUUUAAUGAAUAUUGGUUCAAUAACAAAGAUGCUUCUAUUUGUGUCUUCUUAUGUAACCUUGCAGUUUUGAAGGUGUAAUACCUAAGAAGUAUAAACUUGUUAUGUACCCGUACUUGAUGUGUAUUCGAGCUCCGAUACUCUCCAAUACGUAUCGAAUACUUUUUUUAUAAUUAUUUUAUAUAUUUUAAUAUAUUUUUUAAUUUUCGAU